AUGUCUCAGCCAAGGGUGAUCCCAGGCUACUACUUCGACGCUGAGAAGGGAAAAUACUUCAAAAUCACGACAACUCAUUCCGCGCCACCAUCGCAAGCAAAAUACACCCUUCAAAAUGUCCGAAAAGAGCAGAAGAAAGCUGCGGCUGAGAAAGUCGCUCGAAAGCAACAAGAGAAGAGAGACCGGGAGACUGUUGUGCGGCCACAUACUCGAAAAAAUUGGGGCCUGCAAUUGGCUGGCCUAGAUAGAGAGAUCGGUGGCCGACGGAAAACGUACUAUACACAUGGCAUCUGGCCCAGUGCUUGCGUGGCCGGGAUAGAGAAAAUGAAGACAGUCGUUGAGCAACCAGUGCAUGGCGUUAUCCGCUUCUUCGAUCGCGACCCGCAUACUAAAACCAUCUAUGCUGUCCACGGGGACAACGCGAUAAGGCGUCGCCGACGAAAUCCACCCAACGGAAUGCCUUUCGGCUCCUCCUUCGCUGAAAGCUUGAACGAGUACUCUUUCGAAGACUGGGAUAUGCUUGCAAGGCUCACAUCUUCCAUAUCAUCGUUGACCUAUUUGCCAAGCUCUGGAGCGCUAGCUGCGACAACGUAUGGAUCCGAUAGAGCUCCUACGGUGUAUUUGUCAGAUCCGGACGUCGAUGGACCAUACGUGAAUCAACAAUUUACUCCAAAGAACUGCUCAACGAUCUGGGGUGCGGCAGCUCCACCAUUCUCAUCUAGUCCGGAUAGUGUACCGCAAUCGGGUACAGAGAGCCUUGCCGUAGCCGCAGCUUCAUCUAUGAUGCUUUUCGAACGCUCUCCGGCCGGCGAUUGGAAUUCUUCAACCGCGUUACAAAGUGGAUCCGAUAUGUUAGCGCUUGAUUGGUUAUCUCCGACUACGGUUGUACUUGGAGAGCGUAGUGGCAAGAUUCUUCUCUAUGACACCCGCUCAAAGGGCCACUCUCACAUCCUGACAAACCCGUUCCCAAUCACAAAGCUGAAGCGAGCCGAUGACCCAACACGGCUUGUAUGCGCGGGCUUGCAGGAUGGUCUUUUUGUAUAUGACAUUCGCUCGCGAGAUACGUUUUCAAGGCAUGCGCAAGGACACUACAAUGACAAGUUCUUUAACGAUCAAUAUCCUGGCACGGGAAAUCGCCAGAAGCGGAAGAAGAUGAAAUUUACGGUCGCCCACAAUUGGUCCCAGCCUAUACUGAGCUUUCCAUACGACAAUGCCGAUGAUCACUAUCUAGAUAUGGCCGUGCAACCUGACCUCGGGCUUAUCGCAGCUGCUCAGGAUAUCAACUCAUCAGCAGCUAUCAAGAUCUACAACAUGUGGACGGGCAAGCUAUUGAGGGAGAUCCCGCAACCAAGUAUCGACAAGGUCAGCAUCAGGUGUCUCCGGUUCAUGGAGGAUUCCAACGGUGAUCCAGAGCUCUGGUCAAGCUGGGGCGGCUCAAUUAUCAAGAUGAGUCUUGGUUGA